AUGCUAGAUCGGAUCCUCGCCAGCGUGGCAAUAGCCUGUGCUAUUGCACCAGGCGCGGCAGGCGAAGUCGUCCAGCUGCAAGUACCAAAUCGACCUCCUGUUGGGACCAAUGUCCUCACCGGGUCGUUUCAAGGCUACUCUAUGGAGUUUGCAUCAUUCCCAGCUAUAGCGGGUAACUAUUCCGCUGUCCCCGUUCGCGUUGGUGGCACAACGGCCAACCACGGAAUCUGGAUCCCUAAUCAAAAGCAAGCCAUUAUUCAAAAUUUUGCUACUCCCGGUGCAGACCAGCCAGCCAAUUCGACGUGGGGCCCUUCCUACCUGGAGUCUUUCAAGGUCCUACCAAAGGGCACUCAAUAUACUGUCGGGGUCAGCUUUGAUGACGGAGACGACGGAGCGAAGGCAACAGUCACAGAGGCACAGGCUUUUUACAGUGGCCUUGGCAAUGACAUAUUUGCCUUCGAGGUGGGGAAUGAGUUUGACGCAUUCCCGGUAGAUCGCGACACGAGCACUUGGUCCAUUAAGAAGUAUGUGCCAGAAUGGUUGGAUCGUACAAGCGUUGUCGCGAAAAGUGUGCUCAAGAAGACGGACAAGAAGAGGUUUCAAGCCGGUCCUUUUGUUGCCCCAGGCACAGUUAGCAAUGACACUACGUGGACGGCGAAGGCAGCUAUUGACUUAGGGGUUGCUUCCACAGGCCUGGCUAGGACCUUCUGUACGCAUCAAUACUUUGGUGCUGCAUGCACACCUGUGAAGCCAACCCUCGCAGGAGACCUGAUGAACCGCACCAAAAUGUUCCCCUGGAUGGAGUAUCACCGAGAGGCAUCCUCAUACUCCGUCUCCAAUGGCCUACCCUACGUAAUUGGAGAGACAAACUCAAUCGCCUGCCAAGGCCUUACUGGCGUCUCUGACGUGUUCGGUGCGGCGGUCUGGAGUGUCGAUUACGCCUUGUACGCAGCUUCACUCAAUGUAUCCAACAUCUUCUGGCACAUGGGUACUGGCUAUCGUUAUGCCGCCUGGCAGGCUACACAGAACGGGACCACGACGACAGGGCCUCGGCCACUCUACUAUGGCAAUGUGUUGGUCGCUACUGCUCUAGGCGACGGCAACUCCCAAGUCGUACCAAUCGUAAACACAACAUCACUGGCCGGAUAUGCGGUAUACUCAAGCAAGUCCCGAAAGGCCUCGCUCCGCAGCAUCGUUUUGGUCAACAUGGACGUCUUCAACUCCACUAGCACUCCGGCUUCUUCGCGGCCGAGCGCGGAAUUCAAGCUUCCUGCUGAACUUUGUGGCAAGAAUUCUAAGGUCUCGGUGCAGCGACUGACGGCACCGGGUGCGGAGGUGCGUGAUGGUAUAACUUUCGCUGGACAAACGGUGGCGCUCGAUGGGAAGAUCUCAGGGCAAAGCAAGAAGCAGUUUAUGGCGGGCGACACUGUAAUUGUCUAUGCAAGUGAGGCUGUUCUGUUGCAGAUAGAAUAAUGUCCAAACUAAAUUGAGCGUCUUCGACUUUAUCCUCUCUCACACCCGAACGUGACUACCAGGGAGGACGUAUUGAGUUGAUUUUUAAGACACGU